UCCAACACCCAAGGAUCAAGCUACAUUGUGUCGAAGUUGACGCCGCUGCAGGUGGAUUUUGUUUCCUACAUGGAUGAAAUAGCAGGAGAGGUUGGCGUGCGGCCCAGUCUCCUCUGGCUCUUCUUCACGGACUACCCGCUGUUUAAGAGGGUCCUGUGGGGACCAGUCACAGCAUACCAGUACCGCCUGAUGGGUCCUGGGAAAUGGGAGGGAGCCCGCGGAGCAAUCUUCACCCAGUUUGACCGCAUGCUUCAGCCCUUAAAGACAAGAAAGCUGGAACCAGAAGAGGCGUCAGUCGCCGGCCGUCUGAUUAAGCUGAGUCUGACCGUCAUGGCUGGAGGAGCUGCCGUCUACUACAUCCAUCUGCGCCAUCCGACCGCCAUCCCCACCCUGCUGUCCAACCUCCGUCCACAAAAAGUCUGAACAUGCUGCGUUUGAGCUGAAGAUUUG